AUGUAUGUUCUUUUGCAAAGACUGGCCUCUAGAUGGAUGCGUGUGAGGGACUCUCUGGGGCCAAGGCUCGGCGCCUCGGGCAGGGCUGAUGGUGGGAGCGCUAUGAGCGGCCGGGCAGGGUCCUCGCUGGGGGCUUCCUCCGCCGGCCCGGGCGGCCGGGUGCCUCCGGGACGCGAGCGCGCACGCCUCAGUCCGGCCGCCGCGCUCCUCGCACCGCCUUCUCCGCAGGUCUUUAUUCAUCUCAUCUGCCUCUUCCCCUUCUCCUCCUCCUCUGCCUCCUUCUCCUCCUCUUCCUCCUCCUCCUCCACCACCUCCUCCUCCGCCGCCGCCACCGCCUCCUCUUACAUCUCACUGGCCUGGCUCUGUGUUGCUCGGAGUGACAAAGACAAUGUCCCAGCCUUAACUUUGCAACCACCUUGCCUCCUUCUGGGGUUCGGCGAGGGGGAGGGGGGACAGCAGUCGCAGCCUCAGCAUCUCCUCCACCUUCUGCUCUUCUCCAGCUCUUGGAUAAUUCUUCCCGGUCUCCCCCACCUCCAGCCCUUUCCUCAUUUUCUUUCUUUUUUUUUUCCUUCUCCUCUCCCGCACGUUGUUGUUGUUAUUAGAAAGGCUUCGCGCACCCCCUGGUGCUCCGGCGUUUUGUGUGGCAGAAGAUUGUCUGCCUUCUCUCUUUCUGUCUUGCUUUCUCUCUCCCUCUGGUUGCUCAUUAUUCAGAGAGAGACACAGAGGGAGGGAGGGAGAGAGAGAGCGCGCGAGGGAAAGGGAGAGGAGAGAGAAGAGGAGAGAGAGAGAGGGAGAGAGUGA